AUGGCCCUCCUCCAACGAGCCCGCAACCUCGCCACCGAACACGAUGCCCUCUCCCGCUCCCUCGAAUCAGACUACGACACAAAGACCGCGCGCCGCAUCGGCGAGCUCUCGAGCGUCGUCACAGCCCUCCGCGAAUGGGAACAAGCGACAAGCUCCAUCGCGGAGCUCAACGGCCUCCUAGGCUCCAAAGACAAGGAACUCCGCGAAAUGGCCGCCGAGGAGCUCGACUCGACAAACGGCCAGCUCUCCGCCCUCUCGCGCAAGCUCUCGGCAUCAUUAACGCCCAAGGACCCCUACGCGCACAUGCCCUGCCUGCUCGAGAUCCGUCCGGGGCCGGGGGGCCUCGAGGGGCGCUUCUUCGCGGACACGCUGUUCAGGAUGUACAAGCAGUACUGCUCGCGGCGGGGGUACCGUGCGCAGGUGAUCAAGUACGAGACGGCCGACGCCGCGGGCGACCAAUCCACCGCGGCGGGCGAGAGCCCGCUCCAGGAGGCCGUCAUCGAGAUCCAGGACCCGGGCGCGUACGACCUGUUCCGCGGCGAGGCGGGGAUGCACCGCGUGCAGCGGAUCCCGGCGACGGAGAAGAACGGCCGCGUGCACACGAGCGCCGUGGCCGUGUGGGUCCUCCCAUCCUUCCAGGAGAGCGGCAGCGGCGACGCGGCCGAGGACAUCAACAACCCGGAGAGCGACUUCUACAUUGACCCGUCCGAGGUGAAGAUCGAGACGAUGAGGGCGCGGGGCGCGGGCGGCCAGCACGUCAACAAGACAGAGUCGGCGAUCCGCAUGACGCAUAUCCCCACGGGAACGGUGGUCAGCAUGCAGGACUCGCGGUCGCAGUCGCGCAACCGCGAGGACGCGUGGAAGCUGAUCCGGUCGCGGGUGGCGCUGAUCCGGCGCGAGGCGAGGGAGGAGGCGGCGGCGCAGCUGCGCAACUCUGUGCUCUCCAAGCACAAGAUCACGCGCAGCGACAAGAUCCGGACGUACAACUACAACCAGGACCGCGUGACGGACCACCGCGCCGGCAUCGACGUGUAUAACCUCGACGACGUCAUCAAUGGCGGGGAGUCGCUCGACAAGAUUGUCGACAGCGUCAAGGACUGGCUCGUCUCCGGCGACAUUGAGGCCAUGAUGGCGGACGAGGACGCCGCGGCUGCGGCGGAGGCCAAGAAGGCGCAGAAGUGA